AAAUUACACCUAUAAUUCUAUAAAUUAUACUCCGUAAUAUAAAUUUUUAUAUAUAUAGAGAGAGAACAUACAUAGAGAGAAACUCUGCUAGUUUGAAUUUUCCUAUCAAGGAUGGCCAAGGUGUUUCCGGUGAGAUUAAAGGGAAUAUGGGGCGUUUUCGACGGCGUGGCUCGCGUUCGGCUGUGCGAGAACAGCGGAAGCGAGCACUCGGCGGCGGAGAGCUUGUCGGCGGACCUCUCCGAGCUAGUGGACUCGUUCUUGGAGAGAGAGAGAGACGAGAGGGUUGAAGAGGUGGAGAGGAUGGAGAAGAAGACAUUAGAGGAAGAGAGAGGUGGUUCCGAGUGGAAGAGCAAUUCGGAGACCAAGGAAAUAUUGAUGGGUUUGAUCAGCGGUGGCGGCGCAGGGGACGGAGAUGGCUGUGUCCAGCAGAGGAUUCGGACGGAGACGGAGAUUGCGUGGCGGAGCGUGGGGAGUGGUUCGUCGGAGGGAUUUAAGCGUCGAGUUAUGAGCUUGUUGCGCCAAAGAGGUCUGGAUGCAGGUCUCUGCAAGUCUAGGUGGGAGAAAACCUCUCUGCACCCCGCCGGCGAAUAUGAAUACAUAGACAUCAUCAAUGGAAGUGCUACAGGAGAUCGCUACAUUGUCGAGUUAUCAACCAUUUCCGAAUUCACAAUUGCUCGGCCAACCAAUCACUACGAAUCACUACUGGAGGCCAUCCCUCGAGUUCUUGUUUGCAAAGAAGAGGAGCUUAAACGUGUGGUGAGGCUGAUGUGUGCAGCCAUGAGAGAGUCCUUGACGCAGAGAGACAUGCACGUGCCACCAUGGAGGAGAAACGGCUACAUGAUGGCCAAAUGGUUCGGCUCGUACAAACGGACGCCAGCGACCACAAUUCUCGGAAAUGGUUUUUCUCCGGUGCUCCACCGCCGUUGUAAAGGUGAGGUGAUGAAGCAACCUGGUCUGCAUGUUGGGAAGUUGAGUGCAACUAUUAGUGGUAUGCAUUUGUAAUUAUGUCGGUUUUUGAGUGUUAAUUAUUGUAAUAAAUUUGUGAAUUAGAUUAUAGGUUCCUAAAUUAUAGAUCCCACGGAGAUACCCAUGUAUAACUAGGGUAAAGUACACUAACAGUAGGGUCUUAAAAUAUGUAAAAAGUCAACAUUACCUUCACUAUUUUAUUAAUUUUAAUUAUAAAAUAUCAAAAUAAUUAAUAACCAAAUUACCCUCCUGAUCUGAGCACCCCAUCUAACUCAAGAAUAACAGUCGCCACCGAAGCCUUCCUUGCAGAGACCAAAAAAAAAAAAAAAAAAAUUCUCACUACAAGCCAUCUAUCACCUACAGCUACCAAAAAUUACCCUCCUUUGCAAAACCCAGAUCAAAACAAAUCCAGAAAACCCGAUAUCUUCCAUACCCAAAUUCAUCACCUCACUGGUAGCAAUCUUUGCAGAAAAAUUAACCUUGAACGUACCCGCCGCCGUCGCAGUAUCACUCAAUUCUAUUAGGGUUCCGUCGGGACGGGAGGAGUCGAUGACGCCGACGGUGGAGGAGAGGCGACUCGCUGUCGUUGCUGCCGCUCGUCGCCGCCCUGUGUGUGUAUAUUUAUAUGUGUUGAUUAACAGAGUUGGAGAGACAAAGAUGCAAUAUGAGAAAGAUGCAUAAUUGAUGUAUAUUGAAUUAUGUUUGGAGCAUAUACAAAGAGCCUAUUUAUAGGCUAUUGUGCAACAGCUAUACAAUUGUGAUUAAGAUAUAAUCACGUUAAGAAUCACGACAAGAAUCAGUAUACAACGGUUAUAAUAAGAUAAACAGAAUCUUUAUAUUAAC